CACCAGUGACUCCUAACCACCUAUAACGUCUCACCAGUGACGUCGCUACUACAACAUGCCCAACACUGCUCUCAUCACCGGCGCGACCGGUCUUCUUGGUCGGGCAGUCGCGAAGGAGUUUGCGACACGCGGGUGGAAGGCUGUCGGCACCGGCCUUUCGCGCGCAAGUCCGCCCUCGACUGUCAAGCUCGAUCUCUUGAACAGCGAGGAUAUUGAAAGGGUUUUGGAUGAAAUCAAACCGGACGUAGUUGUGCACUGCGCAGCGAACCGUUUUCCCGACUCCUGCAAUGCCGACCCUGCCGCGGCCAUCGCCCUCAACGCAACUGCCUCCCAUACGCUAACAAGUCUGGCCAGCCGCCGCAGCAUCUUCCUCCUCUAUAUCAGUACAGACUAUGUCUUCUCUGGUCUUCCUGGAGAAGCGCCGUACCUCCCAUCCUCCACCCCCGCCCCACCGAAUAUGUAUGGCCAGACAAAGCUUGAAGGAGAGAAAGCAGUCCUGACUGCGGCAGCGGAUAGCGGUAACCGAGGUACGGGUCUGCCCCUCGCAGCCGUCCUCCGCGUGCCCAUUCUCUACGGGUCCUGCUCCAACCCGGCAGAAAGCGCAAUAAACGUUCUGGUCCAGCAGAUUCAGAAGGCGGUAGCCCUGAAGGCCGAUGAGCCACGGAUCCAGAUGGAUGACUAUGCUCAGCGGUUCCCAACCAACAUCGCUGACGUUGCACGCGUAUGCUUCGACAUUUGCGCACUGUAUCGCGGCUUGAUUUCCCCAGCGGCUGGGUUUGGUUCGAGUCGUCUGCCUGGGAUACUGCAUUUCUCGUCUGAAGAUAAGAUGACCAAAUAUGAUAUAUGCGAGAUCCUGGCUGAGGUUUUGGGCGUCACGCUGGAUGGUAUGGAGAAAUUCAAGCCUCCAGAGGAUGAGGGUGAGGGCAAGGUGAAGAGGCCUUACGAUUGCCAUUUGGAUACGAAGGAAACCAGGGAGCUUGGAAUCGAUCUGCAGACAGUAGAUUUCAAAGGCUGGUGGAGACAGGAGUUGGCGUCCAAACAGUGAUGAUAGCAUUAGAGAGAAGGAUAAUUAUUAAAUUACAUUGGAUGUAAAGAAUGGCACACACUCUCUCUUUGAGC